CAAGCAGGUUCAGGCCAUGUCCAAAGGGAAAGUGAGAAUUUAUCGUUGAUUCCAAAGUGCUGAUGAGCCUUGGCUCCUUUCCCGGACUGUGAGAAACGCCUGCAACAUCCUCUCGCUGGGUUUCUGUUUCUCCUAAAAGCCCCAUCUGGCCAUAAACGCUAAUCGACGGGAUUUUCUCCGUCCUGCCCAGACAGGAAAGUGUUCUCAGAGCUUUCAGGCGACUUCCAAAGGGCAGCCUGGGACACGAGGACAGCACGGCCUGGGCGGCGGGCAGCGGCCCAGGCCUCUGUCCGCUCCCACAGGUCACGCCAGCCUGCGCAUGCCCGGUACGGAACGGUCCCGGCCAUGCUGCGGGGCCUCCAGCACCCACCCCCACCCCCCGUGUACUAAACGAGGUGGGCCUUCCGUGGCUCCCAACUGACCCCAGCACCUCUUUUCUCUUGUCCAAAAGGCCUUCUCCGGUCACUACACACUGUGGUCGAAGGACCCUACGAAGCCUCGCCGGGCAGCCCCUGACCCGAUACCCCUGACCCUUCUGGCAUCCACCCAAGCCUCGUGUGGAAACUGCAAAACGGGCCUCGCGCCCGGCGUCGUCCCCCUCCCGCCCAAAGCCUCCGGAGCGGGAGACCGUGGACCGGACGCGGGCAGAGAGCAGACAUUCCGAGGAGCGCGGCCACUACCUUUAUCUCAGGGCGCUCCUCCGGCCGGAUCAGCGCGGGCAGCACGAGAACCCAGCAGCCGCGUGAGAGGUGCCUGUAGCGUCCCCACUGAAAGUUCUGGAAGACGGCUGGCUGGGCAUGCGCAGCGCGCGCGUCUCGGCCCCCAGGGAAGUCAGCUGGGCCGCCCCACCCCGGGGAAUUACGGAGGAUACGCACGCGCAGGCGCAGUAUCGAGGAACCCCAACAAUGAGGAAUAGACGCUGUUCCUGCAUCACCACCACCCAAGGAGCAAUCCAGUCAAAAUUCUUAAAGGAUCUUAAACAAUUUGCCCCAAGCUCUUAUUGUGAGAAAACUGAAAUCAUUGCAACAAUGAGGAAUGGAUUUCAAACGUGUCUAAACCCAGACGUGGCAGUUGUGCAAGAAUUGAUUAAAGAGUGGGAAAAACAGGUCAACCAAAAGAAAAAGCAAAAAAAAGGGAAAAGAUAUAAAAAAAGCAAGAAAGUUUUAAAAGUUAAAAAAUCUCAACAUCCUCGUCAAAAGAGGACCACAUAAACAACCACUUUACCAGCAAGUGUUUUGUGUGAAAAUGUUCUUUUUAGUUAUACUGAAAUAAUUCUAAAAGGGGAUGGCAACUUAAUACAUAAGCUUUUUUUUUUUUUUCUAGAGAAGUUUAAACAUUGUUGUGAAAUUGUAAUUAAAGCUAGAAAGUUGCUUUCAAAAUCCAAAUGUAAAGAGUUGUUACAGGCUAUAGUUGGACUUUGUUCUUCUACCACCAACCAACUGACUUUCAUCAUGCUGAAGAUCACAGUCUUAACACCCACAUCUGGACAAACGCACACACAAUCACAUCCUGUACACGGUCCCAUCCCACACGUAGCAGCUUCCUGGAAGAGCAGCCCUGUGCUUCCCAGGCCACAGAUUCCAGCCUCCAGAGGAUAUUCCGAGGCUCAUGCCCGCAAGCCCCAGCCUGUUCACAUGUUAGGAAGCCAAGGAGUUUGGAACCGAGCUGGACCUCACCAAGCUGCCAGGCCAUUUAGCAUCUGUACUUGAACCCGCCUACAGGUCUCACCAUGUUUCUGAGAGACACAUGCUGGUUGUUUCUGGGGACCACCACCGAAGAACACUAGCACUGGGCUUUCAGAAGCUUAUGUCCAGCUUCUGAGGACAUGGGACCCCAUCUUAGCUGCCCAAGCUCACACUGUAUGUCUUACUGUUUAUCUUUGCUUCCAUCAAGCCUGUUCUCACUGUCUCAGCUACACAGGUCAUUCACCUGGCUCUACUCCUCAUCACUCUUUCCCCAGCACUCCACAAGAAUGCCGCCUUCUCCCUACUGAUCCUACUUGGACCAGUCUUUGGCUCGGUUUAAUCCUGCCUCUUAAACAAAACCUUCUGGACAUUUGAAUUCUCUUAAAACUCUCCUUUCACGUGUUCAGUACCAUACAGUUGAGCACUUGACUGUUCUCCAAUUAAUUUUUGCAUGUUUAUUCUAUUUCUCCGGCCAGAUUGCCAGCUCCUUGAGGGCAGCAAACCACAGUUUAUUUCCUUGAAUCUGUCGCCAUGCCUAGUAGACUGUGAACCAGGUUUUGAAUAAUUUGUCAGUUGCCGUUUUGACAGGUAGGAGGGCAACCAGGCCAUCUCAGAGCAGGAACUGUCUAUACUGGCUACUCCGUAUUGUCUAACCCUUGGUAACCUCUUUUAUUCCUUAUCUUCAGGCCAUUGUCACUGCGGGAAUGGGGUUGAUGCAACAGUCUUGCCUUAGGACAGGAUGUUAACGUGGCCUCUCCAGCAAAUAGGAAGACAAUGUUUAAUCACCGGAUAUUCUGAACUGUUUUCAUGAAAUAGUACAGGAUACUUAGAAUCAUAGAAUUUACAGUAGGAAGGAGCUUUGUGCAACCUUUCCCGACCCAGUACAAAAAUUCCUCCAGUACCGUUCCUGACCUGCCUGUUUUCUAUGUCUGACAAGAAAGCCACCAAGUGCCUUUUGAAAACUCAUUUUAGGUAGCUAUAAAUGUCAUUGUCCAUUUCAGAGUUUGUAGAGUAUUGUGAUUACUAAUUACCAUACCAGGUCUCAGAGGAAGGGUGAGAAUUAAGACACCAAGAGCUGGAGGGAGCGGGAGAUCCUGUUGGCGGAGGCAUGGCUGGUGCUCAUUUAGCUUCAACAGGUCCUAGAAACCCUCUUGAAGAGCAGGUUCAGUGAAUUGUGUAGGAGAGAACAUCUCUGGCCAGAAUUUAAACUUACACCUACUCUGCCAGACUUUGUCACUUGUAACAUUGCAGGAGAUUUCUAGUGCUGCCUAGAGGUGAUCCCAUCCAAACAGCAUCGUAUCUAAUCCUGAAACUCUUCAGCUCCUUCAAUAUGUAACCCCCGAAAACUCUGAACAUUCCAUAGUUUGAGAGUUUGGACCCAGGUACCAUGUAUCUCACAGGUAAAGUGGGUAGUGCAGGGUGCAUGGGUGGCUCGGUUGGGUAAGUCACUGCCUUCAGCUCAGGUCAUGAUCCUGGAGUCCCAGGAUCGAGCCCCAUAUCAGGCUCCGUGCUCAUCCGGGAGUCUGCUUCUCCCUCUGACCCUCCUCCAUCUCAUGCUCUCUCUCUCUCUCAUUCUCCCUCAAAUAAAUAAAAUCUUUUAAAAAAUGGAUCUUGCAUAACAAAUAACCAGAGACCACAUCUUUAACUAAGUACCUAUGACAUGUAUGACAUGAUAAUCAUUCAUUACUUAUAUAUGCACGUAUACUCUCUAAGCAAUAAUUAAGUUCAAAUCAGUUUUGGCAUAUAUAACUUGUACUUUCAAAUACUUUCUUUGUUAAAAGACAAUAGCAUCAAUAAAAAGACCAUUGAU